ACUGUUGGAGCGAAUAGAGCGGCGAUAGUACUCGGUUCAAACGUGUCGCGUCUUGUGGCUCGAACGUGCGUCUUCGAGUGCGUUUCGUCGAGUUAAUUGGAAAAGAAUCUUCGUCGGGAUAAUUCGCGAGUUCGCAGUUCCGUUUUCGCAUAAAAUGUAUCCGCACGUCGCGGAGGUAUCGCGUGCAAAAACGUCGACGAGCACGUCGUCGACCUGCUACAGCAUUCCCAGCACGAGAUUGAAGAAUGUGAUCUGUGUCCACUGUAAACACAAGUUCUACGUGCAAGAUUUGUCAAAACUGAACAGGCCCAUACAAAAAAGAAACUAUAUACCUUUGUUAUUGGAUUGUGGACAUCCAAUAUGUAAUAAAUGUGUCGAGAAAAUGGGAAAUUGCUCUUUGUGUGAUAAAAGCAUUGCUACUGUAGGUGCUAGCAGUCGGAAAUCCCUACUUCCAUUGAAUUUGUAUGCAUUAGGGCUGAUUAUUUCAUCAUAUAAUCAUCCGUUAGAAAAUGACGAUGAAGAUUUUCUAUUUUGUCAUACACUAUCUACACAGUUACGUCAGAUAUCAAAGCAAGGAUGUUGCCAUGAAUGUGGAAAUCAAGCUAAUGUAAACUGUCCGCAAUGUGUGGCUCUCUAUUGUCAUGGCUGUUACUCAAAAAUUCAUGGAAGAGCACUACAGAGCCACACACAGGUUCCGAUAUAUGAAGAAAGCUCUGAUAGUCCUACUGCGAUUUUGAAUAGCUGUUCGCCAACGUGUUAUGAAGCACUAAACUAUUUUUGCAAUGACUGUAAUGUGGCCUGUUGUUCUAAUUGCACUUUGUGCUCACACAAAAUGCAUGACUUUGUGGCAUUAUCAGAAAAGAACCAGAUUCUACUACCCAAGUUUAAUCAGAUUUACAUGAACAUUGAGGAAACGCUGCUGCGGGUUUGCCAGACAAAGGAGAAGAUAAAAUCAGCCUUAACAUCCAAGAUAUACGAACUGGAAAACAGUGAAAUUAUAGAGACGGAAAUCACUCAACAUUUCGCGUAUCUACACGGCGUUCUUCAAAACAUGGAAGCAAAAUUGAUAAAUCAGCUGUAUCGACAGCGUGAUUCUCUGAAGACGAAUUUAGAAGACAUCGAUAUGCAGCUUCAAGCGCAGGAGAAAAGAUUGAGGAUGACGUUGCAGAUGGCUUCUUACGCGAGACAGAGCUUUCACAAGGUCGACAUACAAAAUGCAAUAAAUAUCUUGGAAGAACUGGCGGACUUGCCUUGUCACUUGAUGUAUAAAGACAUAGGCCAAAACUAUAAGGCAUCGUUUACCUUCGAUAAUUCGAUCAUCGCAGCUAUAGAAAAUCAUUGUUCAAUCCUAGUGCCGCCAAUGUCGUUCUACAGUCUCGUGCAAACUGAUGAAUUACCGAAUAAUUACAUAGUGUCGCCCCUAAAGAAGAAAUCGUGUACAAACAUCUAUGAAGAACUGCCAUUGAUGUCAUUAUCAAAGAAAUCAGACAGUACAUCGACAAUAUCCAUCAAAUCAGAAGAUAUAGAAGCAGCAGUCGAAAAGAAGAAAGAUUCGAAACAAGAAAGUAUUCCCGAAUGUAAGGUAGAGGUGACGUACGUUGUUAAUCCGUCAUUGUUCUUCGUCCGGAAAGUGGCCUCGAAAUCCGCGUUUGGACAACUGGAAAAAGAUUUAAGGAAAUACGGAGAAGACAAACAAAAUGUAGAGCCGCCAAUUAAGCUCGAACUAGAUAAUACGUGUAUCGUUAAACAGAGAAAAUUCGAUGGAAAAUGGUUCCGAGGACGCGUGAACGUGGUGAACACGACCGAUGGCGGCGAGACAUUGUACAAUAUAUUUUACUUAGAUUACGGUUACGAAGAACGCAAUAUACCGACUUCGAGAAUACGAAACAUCCCUGAGCAUUUGCUAGAAUUGCCACCACAGGCGAUUCGAUGCUGUUUACAUGGUUUAAUACCCAAGAAUCUCCACUGGACGAACGCGAGCACAAACGAUUUUAUGAAGUUGACAAAUAGAGCUGAUUGCUCGAUAUCUAUCAUUAAGUCUACCCCUGACAUGCUGUAUGUGGAUCUCUGUUUUAUCUCGAAGGAUAAUAAUAUGGGUCCGCAAUCAAUGUGUAAUACUAUGAAAAUUACGGAUUACGCACGUUUGGACAGUUGUAAAAAUAUAACACAAGCAUCGGAAAUCACUCAUGUAUAUGUAUAUAAUAAAGAAGAACUUCUGUUAAAUAGGACACCAGUACAAGUUUAUAUUAGUUUGAUUGAAUCGCCGGAUAAGAUUUACGUCAAGAAGAUUGGACGACAUAAUAGUUUUUUAAAACUAUCAAAAGAGUUACAGGAAUAUUAUAACGACGAAGAUAACUCAACAAAAAUGAUCGAUGCACCUCGAGAAGGUUUACCUUGCGCUGUGCAAUUGGAAAACUGUGUUUGGGAACGCGGCGAAAUCACUGAAGUUCUUAACGAAUAUGAAGUCAGAGUAUAUUGUGUGGAUUGGGGAUUCACUCUAAUUUCAAACCACGAUGUAUUACGAGCGAUUCCGCAUGAGUAUACUAUAUUUAAUGCACAAGCCAUAAGGAUAUCGUUAAUGUAUAUAAUGCCGGAAUCUGAUGGAAAGUGGAAAUCAGAGUGUUUCAUAAAGUUAAAGAGUCUCUUUAAACGAAUAAAUUGCGUAACAAUAACUCAUCGAAAAAAGAUAGAGGACGGACAUUAUGUUGCUUGUAUUUGCAUCAAUAAUGUCGAUGUUAGUCGACAAUUAAAAAUUGCAGGCGUCGUUAACGAGUUUCAAAUGAAGAACAAAUUUAAGAAUAAAUUGCCUAAGGGUCUACCAUCGCCAACUAAUAAGCGUGGUCUUUUACUAUCGGAGAAACUCGAUAAUUCCAUGAAGGACUUGUACGAUUCGUAUGACGAAACAGAAAACGAGAAGAAACCUGUCGAGCAAAAUGAGACUAUAAAAGAUCUUUUUAAAGUGGAGGUAUAUAUACAACGGGUGAUCACACCGGAUUGCAUUUACGUCGCGCAAACGGAGCACGAGGAGUCAAACGCGAAAAUGAUAUCGGCAAUGCAAAAAUUCUACGAUACCUAUCAUUCCGAAUUGCGAAAUAAUUGGAGCGAAGAUGCUCUAUGUGCCGUAUAUUCCGCGAAGGAUAAAUCUUACUUCCGUGCAAAAAUCUUAAAGAUAAAAUCCUUGACGGAGGUAUUGGUUUAUUUCUACGACAUGGGCAUCGAGGAAACGGUGAUGAUGAAGGAUAUACAGAUUCUGCAUUUGAAAUUCGCAAAAGAGCCAACGUAUUGCUUCAAAGUGAAGCUGGCCGGUAUUUUGCCGUGCGGUGGAUCAUCUAUGUGGCCGUCGUUGUCAUGUACGACACUAUCUGAUAUUAUACGGGAAAACGCAUUUUGCAAAUAUUACAUCACUAAGCCGGUUCAGGAAGAAGUUUACAAUGAUGUGAUACCUGUCGAACUUUGGAUAAGACAAGCCAAAAUACCAGGACCAUUGGCGCCAACUAAAAUAGAAAUUAAUUCUAUCAACAGAAUGUUGGUGGAAAAGGGUGUCGCUUUACCCAUUAAAAAUUAUUUUGCAAAAUCGGAUUCAAUUCUCGCUGCAGAAUUUAAACGGCAGUUAGAGGGUGAUCAUCAAUUUGUGUUGACCGAAGAAGAAGAAGAAGUAAAGUGGUUUAAUAAAAAGUUUAACACUGAUUUCAAAGAAAUAGACGAAACCAUCUCACAUGAGAGUGAUUCAUCGUGCCAAAAUUCUAGUAUUGAUGCAUUAACCAAUUUAAGCUCCAAAUAUCAGAUUUGCGACUCGACGAAUCGCCAGUGUGCAAUAAAGAUUUCUGAUUGGUUACCACCGGUCGAAAUAACGGAAGAAGUAUUCCAUGCUAUACCGACAUAUGUGGACAAUAAAUGCAUCGUAUAUUUUCAUCCUAAAAAGAAUAAUGCCGAUUUACUUUACUAUAUAGAGUCCGAAUUGCAAACUUAUUAUAAGAACAUUAAAAUAAAAAAGGAGAAAGUAUGGAAGGAAGGAGAAUUAUGUAUUGCCCAAUAUCAUCAUAAUAAAAAAUGGUAUAGAGGCCGAAUUUCUAAAAAUUUAGGGAAUACAGUGCUGGUGGAAUUUGUCGAUUAUGGCAAUGUAGAAGAAUGUGAAAUAGUGCAUGUAACGGACUAUAUUAGAUUAGGUCAUAUUCCUAUCCAAUCCACAAAAUGUAUCAUUAGUGGACUAAAAACGGCAUGUCCAAAUGGCAAAUGGAUGUUGCACGAUUUAGAUCGGAUACAUGCACUUCUCGUUGAUCAAGAAUGCGAAAUAUCUAUUUUACAGCGACAACCUACAGAUUUAAUCGUAUCAAUAACAUUAUUGCGGCCAUGGAAAUGUGAUCUACUAGUGUAUCUUGCAAAUCACAUGGAUAUGAAUAUUAAAAUCGAACAUAAAGAGUGGAAUGAAUUGGAAAAUUAUGAAAGCGAAGAUUUAAAAUCGGAUUCUACCAGCAGAGACGUUAUUAUUGAGGAAACGAUAAAUGAUUAUGACGAACAAUGCACAACUAAUGUUUCAAAAGAAUCUUUAUCAGAAAUAUAUAUGCAGGAUAUUACAUUCAAUGAGAAUGUGAUAAGCGGUAAUUCUGCAGAAAUAGAGUCUUUGAAACUAGAAUCUAAUAUAUCUAUUAAACAAACCGAUUUUGAAAAUAUAUCCUGGAUGGACGCAAUCACCUUGGACAAGCAGUUGAACGCCUGUUCAACGCCGCAACCAGAAUCGGAAGAAGAAACAGAUUCUUUCGAUGUAUAUAAACAGUUGACAAUUCCACAAGAGACAAAGUAUAUUGAAUUAAUAUUAUGUUGCAAUAAAGAUCCUAUUACCUCUUUCGCACAAUUGGCUGAAAACAACGACACCAUGUUUUCCAAUCUGUUUCAUGAUUAUUAUUUGCAAUACAAAGCCAUAAUGUCAGACUUGCAAACCAAUGCUUAUCAUCAACCAUUAAUCGAGUCUUUUGAAAAAAAUACUCCAUGCAUAACGAAGUUUUCUGAUGAGAUGUGGUAUAGAUGCGUUAUUACAAAUAGUAAAAAAAUUCCAGAUACCCAAUACAUACAAAUCUCACUGUACUAUAUUGAUUACGGUAAUCACGAAUACAAAAUAUUGGAUUUACUCUCAAUAAACCAUGAUUUACAUAUACCAAAGGAGGAAUGGCUAGAAUUGCCCGCUAUGACUAUUAAAUGUACAUUUUGGGGGCUAAACUUUGUCUCUAGCGAUAUUACUUUAUUAGCAUCAAAGUUGGAUGAAAUAUAUAAUCAAACAGUUGUGGCUCGAGUUAAGGAAAUUAAUGAUGGGAAUAGCAUAGUGGCAGAAAUAUACAAGGACAAGACAUGUAAAGAACUCUUUUAUGCUCACUUGAUAAAAGAAGGUUUAUAUCAAUUUAAGAACCCUGAAGAAGACUGAGAAGCAGUGUUAACUGUUUAUGACUGUAAAUUUAUGAUUGACAUUGUUUAAGUUUUACUUAAAUCAUGUACAUUGUGUAAUUAAUUCGCAUGUACAUGAUUUAGCAAAAAGAUCACUCAGGAAUUUGUAGUCGUUUCGCCUUUUCUACAUAUAAAUAUAGAUAUAGAUAUAAGUUUGAUCACUGGUAGACAAUAAGUUUGAUACCUCAUAGAGACAAUAAGAGAAGCGGAUAUUGUGUUUUGUAAGAAUGUAUUGAUUGUACAUCACAUACUUUAAGGUUAUAUUAACUUUGAAAAUAUUUAGAGGCUUACAUACAACUUACAAACUAUGUUAACGC